AAAAUUUGGCUACUGCGUUUAGUGUCAGAAUGCUAAAAUGAUAUAAGGUGUUUAAUCGCAUAAACCCACAAAGUAAAUGAACCACAAACGACCGGUCACCCAAAACAAAAGUGCUAUAAGGGUGGUUCCCCCUUUAGUAAGGCGUUGUGUGUAAAACAUUGAUGUGUUAUUUCACCAAAAUUUUCUGGAUUUAUCUGCCCGUCCCAGAAUACAGCAGAAACUGUUGAUAUCAUGCUUCUGUAGUUUUGCAACAAUGCUGAUCAAUUUUGCCUUGGAGCGCAUGGGAUCAGAAAUAAGUAGUGACAAAGUCAGUACAGAUGGCUAUGAAGCAUGGAACUUGCUCAAAGGAAAAAGUUGGGGGAGGCAUAAAGGAUUUAUGGCUGAGGGAUUUAUAAAGCCUCCUGUAACCAUUACUCUUCAUCUCCCUUGUCCAGUCAACCUUUACUGCAUCAUACUUGAUCCACAAGUCGGGAGUCAGAGAUCAUCUAGACUUGAGAUAUAUGCUGCAUAUAUAACAAAAAACUGCUCUAGAGCCAAGUUUUCUUUCUCUAGAGAGAAGGAGCAAAGCUUUGUACAGAAAAAAACAAGCUGUAGCACUGAUUGUGAAAAAAACAAGGAGGAGCCUAUCCUGGUCCGCAUAGGUAAUGUCACAUGUAUGCAACAAGGACCUGUAUGCUUUUUAAACCCUCGUUUCUAUGCAGAACAUACUGCAACAACAGUAGAUGACACUGGGCCAGAUAUUUCAGCUAUUUCAAAUCGAAUUGAACUGCGUCAUCACCAGUGGCAGGCUUUAAGUGCAGCCCAGCAUGUUGCUGUACGUGUUACAGGGACUGUCAAUGGUAAUGCAGUAGCAAUUGGCCGUCUAGAAGUGUGGGGAUGUCCAGCACGAUCUUGCCCCACCUUUGUAAGAGAAGACAUGUGGCAAAGAUAUUCAGGAAGUCAGUUGGGUUUCGAUCAAAGGUUGGUUGUAAACAGGAUUGAAACAAGAAAAAGUUGCAGUACCUCUAGCACAACAACACAGGUUUUGGGAGAAAAAUGCAUCAUAAGCAACUCGCUAAAUGAUACUACAAUCUCAAAUUAUGAUAGUGGUGAAAAAUUCAGCAAAGCACAUAUUGAUGAGAAGAUGUCGCCUGAAACAGAAGGCUCUGCAGGUCUUGUCUCAGAAUCCGAUCAGUUAGAUAUCCCUGAAGAAUAUCUAGAUACUCUAACCUGUGAAAUUAUGACUGUUCCUAUGCUUCUUCCCAGUGGGCAAAAUGUUGACCUAUCCACACUGGAACGGUUUGAGGAUGUUGAAGCUACAUAUGGACGUAGGCCAUCAGAUCCCUUUACUGGUCUUACCUUCACUGCAGCAAGACGGCCAUUACUAAACACAGUGCUGAAAGUCCGCAUUGACAGAUUCUUAUCAAGACAUUCAUUUCACCCCUCACUUGCCCAAGUACCCAGGGUGCUAGGGCAGGGCUCUCAGUGUAGUAUUGUUGCCUUGUCAAAGGAUAUGAACACACAAGACAGACAUGCUUCCCCAAGAAAAAGAAAAGAUGCACAUUUAGAUUGCUUUACUAAAACUAUUUGGCAAUCUAUGCAUAAAACGGACAUUCAGCAUGAUGUUCCUGCUGCCAGCAAAAAAUGUAGACUUGAUUGUUCAAGAACUAGCUUGGGUAGUCAGGAUCACUCUAUUGGUAGUAUAAAUAAAGUCGAAUCAGUCAGUGGAAAGGGCAGUGAGAAAAGCUCAAGCAGACUUGAAAGUAGCAGUAUGCUGAUCUCUCAGUCUCAUGCUGACCGCCUAAGUUCUAGUCUCAGUAUGUCCUUGACCUCUGUGCUCCAUGGUCUUCCAUCUUUCAUCUCCCAAAAAGUUGAUAGUGAUCAGGCUGCUUCACAGUUUGAAUCACUUAAUAGACAGUGUGUAAGUUGUAACUGCAGUUUGAACAUUGAAGGUACAGCCACUUACCUGCUUACAUGCUCCCAUCGUGUAUGUCGCAACUGCUUGACACAGUUAAUGGAAAACAGCCAUGUCACAUGUCCUUCAUGUAGCCAUCGGUGUCCUAAAGCAGAUGUUGUCCGAUCCCAUGUUUAGCAAUAAUAUUAACUUUGUUCUUUUAAUCAGAUUUUUUUUACUGCUGUUUAGUAAUAAAGUCUUUGUUUGGAAACAUUAAAGGAUAUGAAGGAAUGCAAAAAUGCCUUUUUCAAAUAUAAAAUAAUAAAGAAAUGUGUACUUGCUUUUCAGUUCUAUGAUAAUCUUGUUGAUAGAUCAUAAGGGAAAAAUCUUUAUGUCCAUAGAUAUGUUUAUUCUUGAUGAGCUGUUUUGUGCAUUAUGCAAACUAAUUAUUUGUUAUAAAUGAUGCACUAAAUAUCAGUAAAAUUUUUCUUUAGCUGUAUGGUUUCAAACUUUUGUUUUUGAAAUAGUUUCUUUGAAAAGAAGUUUUCUUUUGAAAAAAUUGAUGUUUUAAGGAUUGUUAAGGUAAUCUCAACUUAGAGACUUAAAUAAAAGUAUUUCUCUCAGUUGACCCAGCUGACGGGAGGGGGUACCUGUCUCCAUAGAGGGAAUGGGGAAGGUAAGGCAGCAAGGGAGAGGAGAUGGGCAUCACCUUAACAUAAAUCUGGCACCGAGAAAAGUGAGGUCUGUAACGCCUCACCCCCAACGACCUGAAAAGGUUGAGGGAUGACCUUUACCUGAAUAUUUCUUGAUCUAAUAGAAUUACAUAAAUUUUAAAUGAGAUCUGCUUUUGCUGAGUAUUUUGAAAUUAUGCUCACACCAUCCAAUCUCAAAGAAAAUUAUUCACCAAAUUUACUAAGAAUUAACUAUAAUGCCAUUGAAAAAAAAUCUUAUUGACUAGGUUGAUAAGUGGAUCUACUUUUAGUGGACAGUUUACAAAAAGUGAUACAGGUUUUGGGGAUACCUGGGAGGGCUUAAAAAGCUUUCUCAUAAGAAAACGAAAGGAAAAAUGUUUGCAAUGCAGCAUUCAUGAUAACACUUGUAACAUUCCCUAACAUGAUUUUCUCAAGCUUUUGAUGAUGGCACAAGUCAUGCUAUUGUUCUUGUUUGUGAUAGAUUUCGAAUGCAGGAGAUGAACAAAGGACAUAUUGAGGACCAAUGUAGUUGUUAAAAUAAUCUGAUGAUAAUUUUAUUUGAAAAGUUACAUUAAUGUAUCUUUAAUGAUAUCCUUCAAUUUAGCAUGAUAAAAGAAACUAAGUAUUGUAAACAUU